GCGGCGGGCACAGGCGUCGGUUCUGUCGAGCGCUCGUUUCGGCCGUGCCGCGGCGUCCGGCGGACGAGGCCGCGGAGCCGAGGGAGCGCUCCGCCAGCAGCGAGGGGACCAGUAGGGUAUAAAAUAUCCAUGGCUCCUGGUUCCUCAAAUGAGAAGAAUACUGAUGAUGGACAGGCUUCAAAAGAGAAUUUUAUUCAUCUCUGCAACCCUCACCUGGAGAAAAUGAAAGAAGACAUCCUGUACCAUUUUGCUCUUGGGACCGGUACCCAUGAUUUUCCAACAUUGUUUGGGGAUGUAAAGUUUGUGUGCGUUGGGGGAAGUCCUUCCCGGAUGAAAGCUUUUAUCACCUACAUAGCAGAGGAGCUGGGGCUCGGGAGCCCCGGGUGUGACUACCCCAACAUCUGCGCGGGCACCGACCGCUACGCCAUGUACAAAGUGGGGCCUGUGUUGUCAGUCAGUCAUGGUAUGGGCAUUCCUUCUAUUUCAAUCAUGUUGCACGAGCUGAUCAAACUGUUGUAUCAUGCCAAGUGUUCUGACAUAACCAUCAUUCGCAUUGGCACCUCUGGUGGAAUAGGUCUGGAGCCAGGCUCAGUGGUUAUAACUAGGCAGUCUGUAGAUGCCACCUUCAAGCCUCAGCUGGAACAGGUUGUUCUGGGAAAGACAGUAAUUCGCAGCACUAACCUGGAUGAACAGCUGGCUAAGGAGCUGAUGCAGUGCAGUAAAGAAAUCGGUCAGUUCAAUACAGUCAUUGGAAACACCAUGUGCACUUUGGAUUUCUAUGAAGGACAGGGGAGGUUGGAUGGUGCAAUCUGCUUAUAUGAUGAAGAAGAAAAACUACAGUAUUUGAAGAAUGCUUAUGAGUCUGGUGUCAGAAACAUCGAGAUGGAGUCUUCUGUAUUUGCUGCAAUGUGUAAUCUCAGUGGUGUCAAAGCUGCUGUAGUGUGUGUCACUCUUCUGAAUCGACUUGAAGGGGAUCAAAUCAGCAGCCCACAUGAUGUCCUUGUGGAGUACCAGCAGAGGCCGCAGAAGUUAGUGGGAUAUUUCAUUAAGAAAAGUCUUGGGAAAGUAUGAAAUAUCCAUCUCGUGUUUUAGAGAAGGAGAAGGCCUUUGUACAGAUCCAGUCACAGUCACGACUUCUGUGCAUUACAGGUCUUUUGCCUCACAAAAACUUACAGCAUUCCGUGUGUCAGUGGAAGUUAAUAAUUUAUGUCAUUGUUCUUUGGUAACUGAAUGAGCUGAAGGACUUCACUUAAGUUUUGCUUAGUUAUGCAUUGCUGAAUAGAAAACUCACUUUUCUGUGAAUUGGAAAGUGGAUCUGUUGUGAAGGACAAGCCUGUGAUAAUACAUGAAAAAUCUUUAUUUAUGUCUGCUGUCAAAGAAAAACUAGAAAAAAAAAAAAACUUUAUGGCCAAGUGCGUGCAUACCAGCAAACUAACCUAAAAAUUCAAAUAAUUUUCUUGUUGUUAUAAAAAAAUAUAUAAGUUAUAAUUGUCUUUGUUGCUUCACUUGUAAAGAAGACUUGAAGUGAAUGAAGUUUAGUUUCUUUUGCAGACUUUGACAAAUAAACAAUACUAUUUUCAUAUAUUAAAAUUUCAUGAAAUUGUAAA